CCUAUUUCCAUGGCCCUUCUCUCAGUUUUCCCGCGAGAAAUCCUCUCCUUCUUCCAUAAUCAUCAAAAACAAAAUGCAAAAACCCAAAAAAACAAAAAAUCACACGACGCAACCACCUAGCCUCUCUGUCCAUCAAUCUCAAUCUCUCUCUGUGUUAAUGCGGAAUCCGAUUUAACACCGGAAUCCGCCAUGGAAGAUGAAUAAAAUCCGGUCUCUCCGCUGCCUCCUCCCGGAGACCAUAACCUCCGCCUCCACCGCCGCCUCAAAUCGAGGAUCUGACGGUAGCCAAUUCAGCGUCCUAUGGCGGCAUCAGAUCCUGGACCCGGACAGCAACAUCGUCACCUAUUGGAACCACGUCUUUCUCAUUACCUCAAUCCUCGCUCUCUUCCUCGAUCCUUUCUAUUUCUACGUCCCUUACGUCGGUGGUCCGGCGUGUCUCUCCAUCGACAUCAGCCUCGCCGCUACUGUCACUUUCUUCCGUACAGUCGCCGAUAUCUUCCACCUCUUGCACAUUUUCAUGAAAUUCAGAACUGCGUUCGUCGCGAGGAGUUCUCGUGUUUUUGGUCGCGGUGAGCUUGUUAUGGAUUCUAGAGAGAUUGCUAUGAGAUACUUGAAGACAGAUUUCCUCAUUGAUGUCGCCGCCAUGCUUCCCCUUCCUCAGCUUGUUAUUUGGCUAGUAAUUCCAGCGGCCACAAAUGGAACUGCUAAUCAUGCCAAUAGCACUCUCGCACUUAUCGUUCUUGUUCAAUACAUUCCAAGAUCAUUCAUCAUAUUCCCACUCAACCAAAGGAUUAUCAAAACAACCGGGUUUAUCGCCAAGACUGCUUGGGCAGGAGCUGCAUACAACCUCCUAUUGUACAUCCUUGCUAGUCACGUGUUAGGAGCAAUGUGGUAUCUGUCAUCAAUCGGGCGGCAGUUUUCGUGCUGGUCCAACGUAUGCAAGAAAGACAACGCUUUGAGAGUUUUGGAUUGUCUUCCUAGCUUCUUGGAUUGCAAGAGUUUAGAACAACCAGAGCGCCAGUAUUGGCAGAACGUUACUCAGGUCCUUUCUCAUUGUGAUGCUACAAGCAGCACUACCAAUUUCAAAUUCGGAAUGUUUGCUGAAGCCUUUACCACUCAAGUUGCUACAACAGAUUUUGUGUCCAAGUACUUGUAUUGUCUUUGGUGGGGUUUAAGAAAUCUAAGUUCUUAUGGACAGAAUAUAACCACAAGUGUAUACCUUGGCGAGACCUUGUUCUGUAUAACAAUUUGUAUUUUUGGGUUGAUUCUCUUCACACUCCUGAUUGGUAACAUGCAAUCUUCUCUGCAAUCGAUGUCAGUAAGAGUUGAGGAAUGGAGAGUUAAGAGAAGAGACACUGAAGAAUGGAUGAGACAUCGUCAACUACCUCCAGAGCUUCAAGAACGUGUCCGAAGAUUUGUCCAAUACAAAUGGCUUGCAACCAGAGGUGUCGAUGAAGAAUCAAUCCUCCAUUCAUUACCUACAGAUUUACGCCGUGAAAUCCAACGUCAUCUUUGUCUCUCCCUUGUUCGCCGGGUCCCGUUCUUCUCUCAAAUGGAUGAUCAACUUCUUGAUGCUAUAUGCGGAUGCCUUGUCUCAUCUUUAAGCACGGCCGGGACAUACAUAUUCCGUGAAGGUGAUCCGGUGAAUGAGAUGCUAUUUGUGAUCCGAGGACAAAUAGAGAGCUCAACAACAAAUGGAGGAAGAUCUGGUUUCUUCAACUCCACUACUCUACGACCUGGCGAUUUCUGUGGGGAAGAACUUCUUACAUGGGCCUUAAUGCCAAACUCUACACUCAAUCUUCCGUCUUCAACACGAAGCGUCCGUGCCCUCUCUGAAGUAGAAGCCUUUGCAUUAAGCGCAGAGGAUCUUAAGUUUGUUGCUCAUCAGUUCAAACGUCUUCAAAGCAAAAAGCUUCAACACGCUUUCAGGUACUACUCACAUCAAUGGAGAGCAUGGGGAGCAUGUUUUGUCCAAUCUGCAUGGAGAAGAUACAAGCGAAGAAAGCUUGCGAAAGAGCUCAGCCUUCACGAGAGUAGCGGAUACUAUUACCCGGAUGAAACAGGUUACAAUGAAGAAGACGAAGAAACUAGAGAGUAUUACUAUGGAAGUGACGAGGAAGGCGGAUCAAUGGACAACACAAAUCUGGGAGCAACGAUCUUAGCAUCUAAAUUUGCGGCGAACACGAGAAGAGGAACAAAUCAAAAGGCUUCAAGUAGUAGUACUGGUAAGAAAGAUGGAUCUUCCACCAGUUUGAAGAUGCCUCAACUAUUCAAACCAGAUGAGCCUGAUUUCUCUAUAGAUAAAGAAGACGUUUAAAGUGUAGUCAUUAUGGGCAAAAAACUUUUGUGUGAACUGUUUGGUUUUAGAUGGUAAAUAGUUAGGAAACUCCCUUAAUUAUUUCAACUUGUAAUUUUUCUUUUCUUUUCGUUUCGGUUUGAGGAUGUUAGAUAUAGAAAACGAGUGUAGAGUAAAAAUACAUUGUUCUUAAACUGU